GGCCCCCUGUCCUCUUGUCGCAUAUUGAUCCAGCUAGCUGAUCGUUAGCUUUUGUGUCAGAAUGGUGUCUGUGGUGUGUAAAUGUUUGUCCGCUGUUUCUGGCUAAAGGUAUCUGGCAUUUGGCGGCUUUAAUGUUCCGUGCAGCUAAUCUAAAAACCAUCGGCAAAGCGGGAACCGGCUGGCACUUUCGCCGGACAAUGGACGAACUUGUCCAUGACCUGGUGUCAGCACUGGAGGAGAGCUCUGAGCAAGCAGCGCGCGGCGGUUUUGGUGAUGGAGGAGACCAUGCACUGGCCGUGGGCUGUCUGCUGAAGAGGCAGGCUCGGAAACGGAGGGGUAGAAAACGACGCUCGGACAACCCACACCCGCCUUGGGAGACAGGCCACCUCAGUGAGGGGUCAGAGUCCAGUGUGGAAGAACACAAGGACUACCGUGCCAGUACAGGGGGUGUCUCUGCUGCCAACAGCCAUGCCCGUGACAACAGCGACUCGGAUGAACAGCUUGGCCCCAAACGGCGCACCCCCUUAACAGCUGACAUGGGACGAAGCAAGCGGCCGCUUUGGCCAGACGACUUGGGUGUCCUGGGGUCUGCCGAGGGAACUCGCAGCCUUAGACGGAGACGUAAGGUCAAACGUAUGGCUGUAGACCCACCUGUAGAACCCGAACCCCCCUCCUCCACUAUACUAGGGCCCCCACCUGUCCCCAAAGCCCGUGCUGGCGGCAGGCCGCAUAGAAUGGGUGCAAGUGAGGGCAGGGGUGCCAUGGAGCUCUGUAUGGGUGGACUGGUAGGGCCAGGGGGAGGGAAGUGCAGGGUGAAGAAGAGGAAACUGGCACCCCACAGGCUGGGAAUGGAGGCUGCAGAUGAAGGGGUGGUGGUGGAGAGUGAGGACCCCAUCUCUUCUCCAACUGAAGGGUCUAAGGACAAGAUGGAGUUGGAGGAGCAGAAGGGCUCGGAUGAGGACAUGAGUGACAGGUGCGAGACCAGCAGUGUCAGUAACAGCAGUGACGGAGGCCUCUACACCAAUGACGAGGGGAGGCAAGCUGAUGACGAGCAGAGUGACUGGUUCUACGACGGCGAUCUGGGCUCUGGUUCAGGUCCUGGAGGUGCUUGUGGGAUCGCAGGAGUGGUUCCCUGGUGGGAGAGGGAGACCGGGUCAGAGGAGCUGGACCUAGCUGACCCGGUCUUCAAUAGCAUCCUCACUGGAUCCUUCCCCCUCAUGAGCCCUGGAGCACAGAGAGGGUUCCAGGCCAGGCUGAGUCGUCUUCAUGUAAACCAACAGGCGUCUGAGGCAGGGCUUCAGGGCAGCUCCAGCCAAGGCUUCAAUGACAGACUGGGCAGACAAAGCCAGGACUCCCAUGAGCCUUGGUUUAGCUCGGGCUCAAGGAGAGAACAUGGACAGUUGCAUUGGGACCCACGGUCAGACAGAGGGCAUCGGAGAAGCUGUUCAGUAAAAACAGCCAGCAGACAGACCAGCGGGCACCUCGGCUCUCUAUGUACAGGGGAUGUCAAGCGGAGGCGAAAAGCAGCCCCCCUCGGUUCCACCGCCCCCUCAGGAGUGGUCGGGGAGAACGCACCUCCCAUCCCUGAAACAAACAUGGGCAGCCGCAUGAUGCAAAGCAUGGGCUGGAGCCCGGGGAUGGGCCUGGGACCAGAGGGCAGAGGCAUGACCGAACCCAUCCGGGCCACACAGAGACCCAAAGGCACAGGUCUAGGUUUCAACUGAACAACUGGUUUCUGGAUCUCGAACCUGGGCCAGGCUGGGACAUGAUGUCCAAAGCCCUACAUAGAGUGAGGGAGAUGAAAUGGGUGAUGAAGAAAAACAAAAUGUCCAGAAUAAUCCCGUCAGUCAUAAGAAGGGAAAGGAGUGAUGCUUGUCUUGGCAACAGAGUCUGUGAUCCCCAUAUUGGGGAAACCUCAAGGAAGCCAGGGAUAUUCAAAGAAGACUGUUCCCACAAAUGGACAGAAUACCACCUGAAAGUGAAUGAUGUCCUCUCAAGAAACUCCCAUGUUGGAGAAAAUAAAUGACAUAGAUGCCUCAUUGUUAGUGUGUUAAGCCGGCAUGCUGCCUCAGCCCUGUUACCUCCGAUGCCAUUAUUAUAGGCAAACAAUCUAGGAUGAUGUUGACCAUAUACUGACGGCACAAAUGAUGACGGUGUUUUCGUUAUUUCAGUCAGCGGUGUUGGUUAGUGAAAAAAUGAUAAAUGGUUUUGUCCGAUAUUGCACAAGAAUUUUUGAAUCAAAGACGAUAUUAUUAGGCCAUACCUUUAAGUCAUUUUAGGUUCCUUUUUAAUGCGGUGAAGUUAGGGUACACUGUAUGGAUGUGUUUUUCCCCAUCCCUUUUAUUGUUCAUUUCAUGGAAGAAGUUGUGUCAUGGGAAUGUUUUUAUCUAACCAAAAACAAAAAAAGAUAAAAAUCAAAAACACAUUUUAAUCUUUAUUUACCACCACUAUGUAUGCAUGUGCAGCCGCGGCUGCUGCAGGUUCUGCUGAUGUUUACUUGGAAAACUCAUUUGGACACGUGAGGUUAAGUCUUGCCAACAACGUGAUUGACUGUCCUAUUUUACCCAGUUUAUUUUUGUAUUUUAUCCUAACAAAUGGUUGGACCACAGUCUGCAGUAUUUAACCUACCAUAGCCAUGCUCAGUGAUGUGACAUACCGUAUUAGACAAAAUGGCUAUGAUUGUCAGGUUACGAGCAUUACACUGUCUCCAUACAGGUUGUAAAGAAUUGGAACUAAAAUGAAGAAAUAUUGCUGUCAGGACACGCACGAAGAUCCUACAUACCAUUUGUUGUGUGUAGACUGUGCUUCUUGUCUAAUCAGACAGAAGUGAAAAAACCUGUGACUACAGGGCCUAUAACUACAAAAAAAAUUACAUUAGAGGAAGUUUAAUUAAAUAUUUAAAUUAGUUUUAGAUGCAUUGUCAUACACUUAAUUGUGAUUCUGCUUCUUGUGUUUAUUUAGGCUACUGGGUAAUAAAGUUCAUCUGCAACCAUAGAUUGUCAUGGAAAACUGUUCAGGUAGAGAGAUUAAAAUCGAGAGGAAAAAAAAAUUUUUUAAAAAUGUGCAGGAAUUUGUACUGUAACAUAAUUUUUUUCGUGUACUCAUACUUCAACCCCACUAGGCCUGUUAGUGUGAGAUGACAUUAAACUCAGAGACUGUCUAAA